CGACUCUUUACACAAACUCCUGCUUGAAACGUAUCCUGUUUUUGGAUAUCAGUUACAGUCACGAUGGGAAACUGUUGCCAAACGAUCUGGAACCAUCCUAAAAACACAGAUAUCCGGCUCAGCCUGCCAGUUGUUUGCUUUGUUUGGCAAACUGCUAUGAUCAUUCUCUUUGGAGUCUUUGUGCGUUAUGAUGAAGAGUCUGAUGCUCACUGGUCUGAAUAUAAGAAGGAGCAUAAUAUUACAAGUGAUAUCGAAAAUGAUUUCUACUACAGAUAUCCAAGUUUCCAAGAUGUGCACGUCAUGAUCUUUGUGGGUUUUGGCUUCCUCAUGACUUUUUUGAAGCGCUACAGCUUUGGUGGAGUGGGCUUCAACUUCCUUAUUGCUUCAUUUGGGCUGCAGUGGGCCCUGCUGAUGCAAGGCUGGUUCCACUCGCUGGACCAUACAGAUGGCAAAAUAAAGAUCGGAGUAGAAAAUAUUAUCAAUGCUGACUUCUGUGUGGCGGGGUGCCUAAUCGCAUAUGGAGCUUGUUUGGGAAAAGUCAGUCCUGUACAGCUGAUGGUGUUAACUCUGUUCGGAAUCACCUUAUUUGCAGUAGAAGAGUACAUCAUCCUUGAAGUUUUGCAUGUCAAAGAUGCUGGUGGCUCCAUGGUCAUCCACACAUUUGGAGGAUAUUAUGGUCUGACAAUAUCGUGGGUGCUCUAUCGACCACACUUAAACCAGAGCAAACGUCUCAAUGGAUCCGUUUACCACUCUGAUGUCUUUGCUAUGAUUGGCUGUCUCUUCCUCUGGAUGUACUGGCCCAGUUUCAACUCUGCCAUUUCACCUCAUGGAGAUGGGCAACACCGAGCUGCCAUCAACACAUACCUGGCCCUGGCAUCCAGCGUCCUCUCCACCUUCGCCAUAUCCAGCCUUUCUGCCAAGAAGGGCAAAUUAGACAUGGUUCAUAUCCAGAAUGCCACCCUGGCUGGAGGUGUUGCGAUGGGAACAGCAGCUGAAUUUAUGAUCACACCCUAUGGUUCACUUAUUGUUGGCUUCCUCUGUGGGAUCAUCUCUACUUUUGGCUACCUAGUGUUAACUCCUUUCCUUGAGAAAUGCCUGAAGAUCCAGGACACUUGUGGAAUCCAUAAUUUACAUGCUAUGCCAGGUGUCCUUGGAGGAGUUGUAGGCGCCAUUACAGCUGCCACUGCCACCGAGUCUGUCUAUUCACAUGAAGGAUUGAUCAACACAUUUGGAUUUACGGGUGAAUUAGCAAAAAGGUCUCCACAAACACAGGGAGGCUAUCAGGCUGCUGGUCUUUGUGUGGCUAUCGCCUUUGGACUAGUCGGUGGAGCAAUAGUGGGUUUUAUCCUGAGACUGCCUUUAUGGGGAGACCCAGCCGAUGAUAACUGCUUUGAUGAUGAAGUGUACUGGGAGCUACCCGAAGAUGAAGAAAGUAUCCCUCCAAUCCUGGAAUACAACAACCACUUUGCUAACAAGCAACCUGACACACGUAUGUCGGAGUCCAACUUCUCCAUAGAGCACAGCUAAUCAGAUUUGGAAAAUUACGCAGAGAUGAUGCAGAUGAGAUCAGUGCUGAAUGAAACCUAUUGAAUGAGGCCUUGGCAACCAGGAAAUCUAAGAUAUAAUAGCAAUUAGCUUGAUUUAAUAGCCAAACUGAAACAAACCCAGUUUAAUCUGAAAACCUAUUAAAAUUGCCAGGUGUCAUAUCUGUAAUAAUAAUUGCUUAAUUAACUUUUUGCUGUAUGUAUGUAUGUAUGUAUGUAGGUAUGUAUGUAUGCAUGUAUGACCACAUACACACACUUGAAAUACUAUUGUUGUAAAAAAUAUUUUUGAUAUUGGUCAUUGACAAAUGUAAGUUUUCCAUGGAACAAGUAGCACAUCUUGUUUAAUGAACAUAUGUACAAAAGCUAGAGUUAUCUUUUUCUGCUCUCCAGAAUUUAAUGGUUGAGGCUCAUUUAAUGCCCUUUUUGUGUGAUAUUUAUUCAGAUUUUGCAUUUUAUUGUAUUUUCAGUUUUGUGAACUUGACUGAUUUAAUGCCUUAUGCAUGCAUUAUUAUUAUCUGCUGUCAUUAAACAUUUUAAUGAAUUAAAAA